UUCAGAUCUCAAACUGGAAUUUCCACAGCUUGCUACUAAUAAAACCUGCACUGUUUCAGGACAGAAUAUAAGGCGAGUCAGAUCAGAGGAGUCCUCACCAACAAGAUACUCUACGUUCGAUCUGUUAAGACUCUUACCUCUGCAGGAACAGCAAAACAUCUUCAGACAUGAAGUUGUUUCUUGCAGCAAUUGUGCUGUUUCUAAUCGUGGAAACCAAUGCACAGUGGUACAAGUUUCCUGGUCAAGCUGUUCAAGGAAGUCGUGAUAUGUUGCGAGCAUACAGGGACAUGAGGGAGGCCAACUGGAAAAAUUCAGACAAGUACUUCCAUGCCAGAGGAAACUCUGAUGCUGCCCAGAGAGGACCAGGGGGCAGGUGGGCUGCUACAGUUAUCAGUAAUGGCAGAGCAGCAUACCAUAUGGUAAAGGAUCGUGAUCGUGCUGAAAUCGCAAGAGAUCAGGAGGCAAACCGGUGGGGGCGCAACGGAGGAGAUCCCAACCGCUACAGGCCACGAGGACUUCCUUCAAGAUACUAGUACGAAGGCCAGUCUUGUGUUGGAGUUACUGACCAUACAGUCUGAGGAAAAUUCCUCUUAUAAUCAUGUUUUUUUUUCAAUAUAAUCAUGCUUUUGCUAGAAUAUCUGUGUCUGUUAUAGCCACCAAUAUAUUUCUGUUGAAGUUUUUUGGAAAGUAAGUACAUGAAAAAGACUUUUGCCUUUCCUGCCACUCAAACAGCUUUUCUCAGAUAAAUGUAAAAAAACUCAAUAAAGUGAUUUCAUGAUGCUGA